AUGAAACAGACUUUAAUCAAGUUCUCGAAUCGGCCACUUACGGAUGACGAAACAAGCUUACUAGCCAAAGGAGGAAAUUUCAGCAUAACCCCACAGACAAUACCUACAGAAGAAGGCAUUACCAAUAUAGAAGCCGAAAUUGAAAUACUACCACCUGGUGUCAAAGAAGAGGUAUGCAGUGAAUCUGCAAGAAUUCCACGGAAACCCAAAUUACCAAAAAGCAAUAUUUUAAGAGGUGAGAAGGAAGCUAUAAGAAGUCUCAAUGAGAAUGAAAAGAUCAUAAUUCUACCCUUUGACAAAGGAAAUGCAACAGUCGUCAUGAACACAUCGGACUACAGGAGAAAUCUGGUGGUUUGUUCAAAAACAACGGAUCUGGGAUUUGUUGAAUCCAAUAAACGGGGAAUGAAAAAACCCCCAAACAAAAUGGAGUCAUCCAAAAAGAAGACUGUAAUUACCCAUAUUAGGAGGUUUCCUAAAUAUGCCAGUCAUUAUUCGAGAAAAGAGUUUUGGAAUGAGCGACAAGAGGAGCCUGUAAAAGAAUCAUAUUACAGGUUUGUCUUCAACACAGAGUUCAAUGUAAAAUUUCACAAACCCUACAGCGAUACGUGUAGCCGUUGUGAUAAUUUUCAUAACAUAAUAAAACAUUCCAAAGACUUAGUACUUGUGAACAAUACCAAGCGUGAUUUAGAGCUACAUCAGAGAAAAGCCAAGAAAACGAAUGACGCUAAGAAAUCUGAUACGGAAGCAAAUAAAAAUUCCGAAGAUACUGUUGUUAUUUGUUUCGAUUUACAACAGCAAACGUUGCUAACACCACUCUUAAGUACUUCUAAAGUAUUUUACAUUCAUCAGCUAUAG